ACCCCCAUUGAACUCAACAAAUUGUAUUACAACUCUCUAAGCCAAGCCCCCCAGAAAAAUUCAAUUCUUCAACCCCAUAUCUAAAAACCCUUCAAACUCCUCCAAGACCCCAUCUCAAACAAGCUCAUCUCCUCCUCCUUGAAGCACAAAAACUAGGUUUUAGGGCACCUGUCCCCUGAAAUUGUCCCUUGAAAUUUAGGGCAUAUGGGGUCUUUGGUAGGACAUGUUUUACCAGGGCUAGGGUUCUUUCUAAUUGGGUUGUGGCACCUCUUUAACCAUAUCAAGCUUCAUGCUCAAAACCCCCACUCCUACACCAGUCACCCAUGGUUCCCCACCUCAAAAAUAAGGUAUUUGGAGCUCUUUCUGAUCAUGAUAGGGUGCUCCAUCUCCAUAUCCAUGGAGCUCUUCAUUGGCCCUGUUAGGCACCAACCUUUUGAUGUGGAUGGCACCAUCCCAUCUAACCAUCUCCACAACUUUGAGCACUCCUCCAUCUCCAUGACCUUCCUCGUUUACGCGGCAUCAGCCAUUGCCCUUGAUCGUGCCGGUGUUAAGGCUAGGAAUGACCUGUCUCUGCUCCUUGCUGGCAUAGCCUUUGGGCAGCAGCUCCUGUUGUUUCACCUUCAUUCUACAGAUCAUGUUGGCAUGGAAGGACAGUACCAUAUGCUUCUGCAGAUUCUCAUAUCCUUGUCCCUAACAUCUACUCUCAUGGGAAUAGGCCUUCCCAAGAGCUUUAUACUGAGUUUUGUUAGGUCUAUUAGUAUCCUUUUCCAAGGUCUUUGGCUGAUGGUCAUGGGGGUUAUGCUUUGGACUCCAGCCUAUAUCCCUAAAGGGUGCUUCCUCCGCUGGGAAGAGGGCCACCAGGUGGCGCACUGCCAUGAUGACAAGUCGCUCCACCGCGCUAAAGCGCUGAUAAACAUAGAGUUCAGCUGGUAUGUUAUCGGUAUGGCGAUGUUUUCAGUGUUCUUCUACUUGUUUUUAGUUAAAGUUUAUGGCGAAAAGGUCAAGUACUGGUCAUUGGGGAAGGAAGAAGAGGAAGAAGAGGGAGAAGCCCUAUCGCCGGAGAAGACCAAACUCGGAUUUAUUCACAUGGGACAGGCCUUUGCUCCCAUGGACAUUGAAAGGUAGAAUAAGAAGAAGGAGAAGAAGAAGAAAGUUGGAAGUGAAUUUGCUUUGGGGGAAAUUGGUAUGAGAUUGUUUGUUGUCUUGCAUUGGUGGCUUUAAGCUUAAUUAGGGUGACUUCGCUUGUGUUUGGAUGUAUAGAAAAAAUAAGCAAAUAUUUGGGAAGUUAUUUAUUAACUUCUUAAAAUCAUGCAUCUUGUUUAGAAAUUAUGUACUAAAUCCGAUCUUCUAUCACAAUUCAAUUAUUUUAAUCGAUUACUCACAAUUUUAUAUGGCUUUAA